AUGGUGAAACGAAAACUCGGUGCGCUCGAGAAAGUGGACGCCGACCUCGCGAACCUGCAGAACAAAAUCAAGCGCGAUCCGAAAUCCUACCACACCGACUUCCUCUACCAACACGUCCAAUAUGAGAACCAACGGCAGAUCUUCAUGCAGGCGCCGACGUCGGCAUCCGACAGCGGCGUAAUAUCAUUCCGCGAGCUGAUCGAGUUCGUAGCGCACGUAUCAGACUGCUACAAAGAAGAAACACGAGAAUUUCCAGGCCAAUUGAUCGAGAUCUUGACGACGCACCACGCAACAUUGGAACCCGAACUGCGGGAGAAGAUUGUAGGCAGUCUAGUGCUCCUGCGAAGAAAAGACAUCAUCGACUCACACACCCUGCACCAAUGUCUAUUCCCGAUCCUGAUUUCGACGCCGAGCAAGUCUUUGCGCGCUCUCCUCUUCCAAAAAAUCAUCAGCGACCUGCGCACGGCGAAUGCCAAAACCAUCAAUCACAAACUAAACCGCAGCGUACAAACGACACUACACAACCUCGUCACGGACGACCGGUCCUCCACAAAAGCGUUAUGGGCGAUCAAGAUCACGCGCGAGAUGUGGAAACGGCAGAUCUGGACGGAUUCCAAGGCGGUCGAGAUCAUGAAAGAGGCGGCCCUAAGCGACAAUGAGAAAUGUGUUAUUGGAGGUGUACGGUUUUUUCUCGGUGGCGACAAGGAGCGAGAAGAAUUACUGGAAGACGAGAGUUCCGACGAAGACACUAUUGAUCUAGGCAAGCUGAAGCACCAGAUUGGAAUCAACAAGAAGAGCAAAAAAGCAGAGCGCAAACUCGAAAAGGCCGCCGCCACCAUCAAGAAAAAAGAAAAGAAAAAGGGUCAACCGCAUCCUCUCAAUUUUUCGGCUUUGCAUCUCCUGCAUGACCCGCAGGGGUUUGCGGAAUCCUUGUUCUCCAAACAUCUGCAGAGCAGCAAGACAAAAUUGAAUCUCGAACAGAGAUUGUUGGUGUUGCAGCUGGUGUCGAGGUUGAUCGGCUUGCAUAAGUUGACCGUGCUCAGCUUCUACUCUUACUUUCUGAAAUAUUUGACACCCCGCCAACCGUCCGUCACUUCUUUCCUCGCCUCCCUGGCGCAAGCGACACAUAACUUGGUCCCUCCCGACGACCUAGAACCACUAAUUCAAAAAAUUGCCAACGAAUUUGUCUCCGAAGCCGCAGCCGGCGAGGUCGCUGCAGCAGGGUUGAAUGCCAUUCGGGAGAUUUGCGUGCGUCAGCCGUUAGCCAUGAACGACACACUAUUACAAGAUCUGGUGAUGUACCGAAAAUCCAAAGACAAGGGCGUCAUGAUGGCCGCGAAGGGACUAUUAGGUCUGUAUAGACAAGUCGGGGCGGAAAUGCUGAAGAAGCGCGACCGAGGCCGUGACGCCACGCUAGGUUUAAGGGCCGGCGAACAGAAACAGCAACGGUUCGGCGAAGAGGCGAUUGGUGAAAUUGAGGGUUUGGGCCUACUAGAGCAGUGGAAGCAGGAAGAGAGGCGGAGAAAGAGACUCGAAAAGGGACUUGACCCGGACGCUUCCGACGCAGACGAGGACGAAGACGAAGAUGACGAAGAGGACUGGAAUGCAUGGGACGUGGAAGAAGAUGACAGCGACGAUUCAGGCGGCUGGAUCAAUGUGGAAAGUGACGACGAGAUCGUAAUCAGCGACAGCGAAGACGAGAAACCGUCUGCGAAGAAAGUAAAAGCUGACGACAAAGACAACGACAAACAAGACGGUGACGAAAGCCAGACGGGUACGACUACAACGAAGCCAAGAUCAGGAUCAACCUCAAUCUCAAAACUCGCCACAACCCGCAUCCUCACCCCCGCCGAUCUCGCCAAACUCCAAGAACUGCGCACCACGGCAUCCGUGUCCUCAUUACUAGGCAACAAAGACCACAAGGCUCAUCACGUCAGCGCCUCCCGCGCAGCAGCUGCGCAAACCAAUGCCCAACGCCACAUCGACGACCCAUUGACCGCGGCCGAAAUCGAAGGUCUAGCAUCCCUAUCUCGCGGCAAAGCCACUCGAGCCCAGAAAUUAGCACUUCUACAAGAACACAAGGAAGAUCGCGAAGACCAUAAAUCCAAGGCGGCAAGAAAGAAAGAACGCAAAGAGAGCGAAGGGAAGAGUACCACCAACAAGGAAAAAGCGAGGAAAAAGAAUUUCCUCAUGACGCUGGGGAAAGCAAAGUCGAAGGGGAAGAGGAGUUUGGUUGAGCAUCGGAAGAUUUUGAAGAUGCAUGCUGAGAGGGCGAAGAAGGGUGGAAAGAGGGGGAAUAGGGGUUGA